CUGCAACAAGAGAAGAGACAAUCCAAGGUUAUCUUUGUCGCCCAAUUUGACUGAAAAUAUCAGCUCAUCUACUCUCGGCACUUCCAACCCUUUCACCUUCUAAUCCCACAAGGAAAACACACAAGCGAAGAGAUGGCUUUCGGAGGCCCUCCACGAGGCCGCGGCGGCGGCGGUGGUGGUCGAGGAGCACCUAGAGGCGGCGCAAGAGGUGGUUUCGGUGGUGGUGGUCGCGGUGGUGGCUUCGGCGGUGGUAGAGGCGCACCAAGAGGCGGUGCUAGAGGUGGUGGCCGAGGAGCACCUCGUGGUGGUCGAGGAGGACGAGGAGGUGGACGAGGCGGUGCAAAGCCUGGUAUCAGAGGAGGUGCCAAAGUCAUCAUUGAACCACACCGACACCCCGGCGUCUUCGUAGCCCGCGGCGGCAAAGAAGAUCUCCUGGUGACCAAGAACCUCACCCCAGGCGAGUCCGUGUACGGCGAGAAGCGCAUCUCGGUUGAUGCAGCACCUGCUCCUGCUACCAACGGUUCCGCCGACGAGACCCCCGCAGCCACAAAGACGGAAUACAGAGUAUGGAACCCCUUCCGCAGCAAGUUGGCCGCCGGUAUCCUCGGUGGUCUCGACGACAUCUACAUCCGUCCCGGCGCCAGCGUGCUCUACCUGGGUGCCGCCUCGGGAACGUCCGUCUCGCACGUCGCCGACAUCGUCGGACCUACGGGCCGCGUGUACGCCGUCGAGUUCUCGCACCGAAGCGGUCGUGAUCUCAUCACCAUGGCCACUCACCGCACCAACGUCAUCCCCAUCAUCGAAGACGCCCGACACCCUCUGCGCUACCGCAUGCUCGUCGGCAUGGUCGACGUCAUCUUUGCCGACGUGGCCCAGCCCGAUCAAGCUCGUAUCGUAGGCUUGAACGCUCACCUGUUUCUGAAGGUCGGUGGCGGUGUGCUUGUUAGUAUCAAGGCAAACUGUAUCGACUCGACGGCCAAGCCAGAAGUGGUGUUUGCCUCGGAAGUGAAGAAGAUGCGCGAGGAGAGAAUCAAGCCCAGAGAGCAACUUACGCUAGAACCCUUCGAGCGAGACCACUGUAUCGUGGCUGGUAUCUAUCAGCACAGCGAACAGUAAAUUGUCCCGUCGACCUUUGCACCAUUGAUACACCAGCCAACGAGGCCGCCUCAAGUUGCUUGGUCGAAUCCAAGCUAGAUUUAGCUCUCUGUUCGCCCCGUAACUCACGGUGUCUCCGGUCUGAUGUGUGAAGUACUGUACAAUCCUCUCGUCAUCUCGGGAUAGCCUGAGCCAGCGAGGAGGGCCUGAUUGAUCGAAUUGCAAAUAUGCGGCAGGCAAAAAGGGUGUUGUGUUGUAUGGAUGGAGAAGUCAUUCGCCACGCCGAAUGGUCCAGUCCGAGGGGUUUGGGGACCGGAAGUGGAACACGGAAGCCCAAUGGUCAUGUUUCCUUCCUGUAUGAAGUGGCAAUGCUUGAACUUGAAAAAAAGGGCGUUCACGGCGUUUUCGAUGCGUUUGUUGGCAAAGGAGCCGGGCAAUGAACUAUUUUACAAGACGUCUUUAGGCUAGGUUUUAUUUUUGGUAGAAUGACCGUGUGAAACAAAAAUUUGUGCACAUUA